UCUCUUUCCCUCUCCUACUUGCUCUCUCUCUUUUCCUCCUCACCACUUCCGGCUUUGCUGCAAGGGGAAAAAAAUGGAGGCCCCACCAGACGCGCUGCAUGUGCAGGGCUCCUCGGUCGCUGUACGCGCUGUCAAGGACAUCGCCUUUGGUAGUAUUGCGGGCAUGACCUCAAAAGUCUUUGAGCACCCGUUCGACCUCACGAAGGUGCGCCUGCAGUCGCAGGUGCUCGACUCCGAGGCACGCUUCAGCGGGCCUCUAGACUGUCUCAUGCAGACUUGGAAGAAGGAGGGCGUUCGUGGGCUAUACAGGGGUUUGCCUGCACCCAUCGUUGGAGCGAUGGCUGAGAAUGCUUCACUCUUCCUGGCGUACAAUGAACUGCAGAACGCGAUUCGGUGGUCCUCGGAGAAACCUCUGCACCAGGACCUCUCCCUCGGAGAGCUCGCUCUGGCUGCUGCAGGCGCAGGCGCGAUCACGAGCUUCUUCCUGACACCCAUAGAACUAGUCAAAUGCAAAAUGCAAGUGCAGAUGCUCCUGCCCCCGCCAGUGAGCGUCGCGACAGCGGUCAAUGUGGCCGGCACAGCCGCAGCGGUGCUCCCGCCCGCGGAUCUCGCGCUCAAGAACCUGCCUGGGCCGCUCGCGGUGCUUAGGAACGUCGUGCGCGACGGCGGCCUCAGGGGAAUGUGGCUCGGCCAGACCGGCACGCUCAUCCGCGAGACGGGCGGCGGCGUCGCGUGGUUCUGCUCGAAGGAGGCCGUCGCUCGUCUGCUGCUUGCGCGGCGCCCGACGAACCCGGACGGCACGCGCCGCGGCCUCGCCGCAUGGGAGAGCGCGCUCUCGGGCGCGUGUGCCGGCGUCACGUACAACUUUGCGCUCUUCCCAGCCGACACGGUCAAGAGCGCAGUGCAGACCGAGGCGGAGCUUCGUCCGCGUGCUCCAGGCGAGCCGUACCCGAGCUUCCUCGCGACGUUCCGUGCGAUGUACAAGGCGCAGGGUUUGCGCGGUCUGUACGCGGGGUGUGGUAUCACUGUUGCAAGGGCUGUGCCCAGCAGUGCGUUGAUCUUUCUCAUUUAUGACGGGUUGAAUACACGGUUUGGAUGAACUAUUAGAGUAGCAUCCAUGGACCAUCAGCUGUAUCUAUACCCUCUAGUAAUUAUUAUACAUCAGGCAUAACCAGAUAUGAACGCAGUGGGUCCAAGGGCAACGUCUUAUGUGGGGUCUAUUUCGCACCGGUACUCUUUUUCAUCUCGGCGAGGACUGCAUCGACCUCCUUGACAUACUUAUCGCACAACUCCUGGAGUUCAUCCAUCUGCUGUGAAUGCUUCCUGAAGGCACCCUUCUUCGUGGCACCCUGGUGGUGCUUGCGGAUAUGCACGCGAGCGUCCUCCGCGUCGCGUUGGGCGGUCUUGAACAGUGCGUGGCGUGCGUCCACCGUAGGUUUUGGUAUUGGUAUUUUGAUUGUGCGUGAGUCCAUCCUCUGUGGUAUGACCCCCGGCAGCUUGGCUUCAUAUAUCGCUGUCUCGACGGCUUUGAGGGUAUGAUCCUCGAACACAGUAACCACGAGCGUCGUGCCCUCCCGCACACCGACUGUUGCAAUCUCCUCGAGCCGUACGGCGCUGUUUCCGCCCGCGACAUGUACCCGUACGGGACCGAGCAUCGCAGGCGUGACACGACCCGUAGCACGCGCCUCCAUGUCCGCGACCUCCUUGCGAAAACGGUCGACGACGCCCUUCAUCGCUUCUUCGGCCUUAAAGUAUACCUCGCCGGCGAGGAUCUGCUGCGAGCCUGGCACGAGGUUGUCGGUCGACACGCCCUUGCCGUGUGGCUCGUCGUCGAGGCUCUUCUUCUUCUUCGACGCGAAUGUGCGCACGCAUGGUGCGUCAGCCAGGAGUGGAAGGCGGCAUGGUUGGUACAGAGCCUGCAGUCGGAGGCGUAGGCCGCGAGAGC